AUGAGGUUCAUCGCUGCGUUCCCCUUAGUUACUUUGUGGGCAUCCGCCAACAAUAUCGUGUCUUACGACGGAUGCCAUGCUCUUCGCGUGCGUUCUGAAGGAGACCUCCCAGCCGUGCAAAGCAAAUUCUCCAAGCUCUCGUAUGACGAAUGGGAGCGAACCGCUGACGAUAUCACAAUCACGCUAUCCCCUGAGCAAAUCCCAGCCUUCAACAGCCUGGGUCUCGGAUAUGACGUUAUGCAUGUUCGAGACAUUUUUGGCAUUCAUUUUUGGGGAGAUGAGGGCCCUGGAAAGCCAGCGGUUUUCUUCCACGGCACUGUUCAUGCCAGAGAAUGGAUCUCGGCGCCAUUCAUUGAAUACGUAACCCUGCAACUUCUGACCGGCUACGGCAACGACAACCAGACAACUGUCGCCCGGGACAGUUAUGAUCUCUGCAUCUUCCCUUUUGCGAACCCCGACGUGGGAUGCCAACCCGAACGGCGCUUCGGCUACAAGGGCGAGGCCCCGGGCGACACCCCCGAGAUGGCCGGCCUGCAUGGCUUCAUCGACAAGCUCCGCGACGCGAACGGCAUCAAGCUCUUCAUCGACUGGCACAGCUACAGCCAGUACCUGCUAGCGCCGCUCAGCUGGAACUGCACGCAGUAUAUCCCCAAGCUGGGCCAGCACGUCAAUCUUGCACGGCGCGCGACGCGAGCCAUUCGCGAGGUAGAGGGGACGCAGUUUGUCUUCGGACCAAGCUGUGCCACGCUGUACGUGGCUACAGGGUACAGCAUUGACUAUGCGUAUGAGGUGGGCAAGGCUGACUGGGCGUACGUCAUUGAGCUUCGGGAUACGGGGAAUCACGGGUUCGUGUUGCCGCCGGAACAGAUCAGGGGGAGUGCAGAGGAGCAGUGGGGGGGAAUCAAAACCAUUCUGCAGUAUUUGGACGUUGAGGAUAUUUUUGAAGCCUGA